AUGGCUGAUGAAAUUGCAUCAGCAAUGGAGCAGGAAAUGGUGGAAGAACAGGCUAUAAAGUGCCCAAGGCCUUCAGCAAAGAGGCAAAGGAAAGGAUCUCCUGACGCCCGAGAAGAAGCAGAUAAAGAACGUGUAGACGAUAGUCUUCUGCAAGAUGCACGUAGAAUCAAAGAAAACAUCAGGGUCUACAUGAACGCAACAGACAGGAACGUGAGUGCGAAGGUACAAAAGCACGUUAAUGGGAAAAUGCAGCAGUUAAUAGAUAUAAUGGAGACAAUAUAUGAUAAGAACUAUGAAAAAACGUUUUUAGUACAACGUGUGGUAAAGGACACAUUAGCUUCCUCUGAAAUGUAUGAUAUCAUAGUAAAUGCAUUAGUGGAAAAAGCAGUACCUAUGGUUAUCGAGGGACUCAAGUCGGAAAGUAAAACCAUACAAAGACCACUGUCAGAACCUCAGACAUCUCGGGAGUUUCCAUGCGUUAAAGAACAACCGCUAUUAGCCGAUGCCCACGCUAUUAUUGAGACCACGGAGAAUGAAAGUUUCCAGGAAAAUGUACACACAUUGUAUCUAGUUCGAGCCACUGGACCAAUGGUACCAACACGGGACGGGUCAACGACCUUUGUUGAAGCAUCGAGGUGGAGAACCUUUUCUCCUCAGGUACUUUUGUGGCUAGCCGAGUAUGUCAAAGCCAGGUCUAUGUCACUUCUUUCCUUCCCAACAAUAGGACCUAACUCACUUCCAUGGCUCCUCGACCUUUAA